UGAGCAGAUGAUGAUAAUUGUGUGAUCCUGAGCCCACUAGGUGACCUCAUUAAUGAUUACAUCAAUGCAAGUCAUGUGGAUAGCUUAUCAUGACUAAAAUUCUACCCACCCAGGGCCAAUCCCCAGUAGUAUAGUAGACUUCUGGAGGAUGGUGUGGCAGGAGAAGUGACGUCAGUGGUGAUGAUCACCAACCUGGUGAGGGGAAGUGUGAGCAGUACUGGCCGUCCUCUGGGUCUCAGGAUUUCGGGCCGUUCCACGUAUCAAUCACUCACCAACUCACCCUCGCUGACUACACCAUCAGAACACUCAGUGUUGAGCUCUCAGGGAAGACGAGGAAGGUGAAUCAUUUCCACUACACACCCUGGCCAGACCACGGAGUACCUGACUAUGCCACCUCCAUACUCAACUUCCAUAAGAUGGUUAUGAAAGACCACAAGGCCCACAGAGGUCCUCUACUAGUGCACUGUAGUGCUGGUGUUGGUAGGACAGGGACAUUCAUAGCCAUAGACCAUGUCCUGGAGCAGAGGGAGACAGAGGGAGUGGUGGACAUCCCUGGAGUCAUCCUCAAACUCAGACAACAGAGAACCAAGAUGGUCCAGACUCUGGUACAUACACACAUUGCACUGUUUUUCAACCUACUUUAAGCCCUCCAUGCAAACAUUUCGAUAUAAAUGCUCCUCCUCAGUCUUUGUGCAGUCUGAUGAUGUUUUAAUGGUGGUACUGUUGUUGUAUACUUUCAGCUUUACAUUUCAAAGUGGAGGUGACGCACUUUUGUAUGAUGACUGAGAGUAAGAUCAAAGGAAUUCCAGCUAGUCCAAACAACGUAAUGCGUAGUAGGCGCUUCCUGCUCAGUCUACGGGUAUUUAGAACAUAAAGAGGCCAUACAAUUUCCCCAUACUUUAGCUUGAAAGAUCAAAGAUCAAACAUCAAGCCACAAUCCACUGAAUCUGCCCCACUCAAUGGUGUACUGUAAACUCUAGGUUUAGCUUGAGAGUUGUGUUUCAUUAAGAGGUGAUGUGUAAUCGUUUGUGGUAUACCAGGAGGUGUGCUACCAGUACUGGCCUGGGAAGAGAGCACAGACGUAUGGGGAGUUCAGAGUAGAGCUGCUCAGUGAGGGGUGGAAGAGUGGAUUUUUAUUCAGAAACUUCUCUGUCCAGCAGGCCAAGUUUGCCACAGCCAAUCAGGUGUGUCAGGUGUGGCAGUUCCACAUCCCAGAGUGGAGCUCAGACUACCAGUGGCGUGGGGAUGUGAAUGCCAUGGUCUCUGUCAUAGAGGAAGUCUCCAAGGUCCAGGGGAAGACUGGGAAUCACCCCAUUGUCGUCCAUGGACU